AUGUCGGAGAUGGUAGGAUUGAGAUCAAGGGUGGGUGUCGAGUUGGUUCCUUCUCCUGAUAUCACAGUACAAAGAAAAGAGAUAACCGUUAGACAACAUCCAGGAAUGGUUCCCAGGACGAAGCUCCAACGAUCAAAUAGGCAAGUGGAGCUCUCUGAUUGGCUCCAUGUUUUCCGGGGUAUUUCUCCUAGGAAGAAGAGGUUAAGGCAAAUGGAGCUCUCUGAUUGGCUCCAUGUUUUCCGGGGUAUUUCUCCCAGGAAGAAGAGGUUAAGAGUCCCUACCGUAGAGGACUUUCGACCACUGCAAGAACAAUUUUGUUUCUUGUCAGAGCAUGGCGUGAUGAUUCCGGCGAAGGGAUCAUCGAUCUAUGACUACCCUCGAGGAAAAGUGGGGGUUCCUUUUCCUCUGUUUGAAGCGGGGUUAUGCAUGCUAACUUCUGACUUCUUUGAUAUGAUUGUGCAUCACUACGACUUUUCUAUUGACGAAUUAACCCCAAGUGUCGUUAAUAAGAUCGUGGGAUUCGAACUGAUUUGUUGGUCCCUAGGUGCCGAAGCCGAGAUUUCCUUGGAAAUGGCCUUGUGUGUCCAUUAUCGGGGUAAGCUUUGUCACUGGGAGGUUGACCUUUUGAAGACUCUUCUCCCUCCUAUAUCUGAAAAACAUAUGCAGGAGCUUGUUGGAUUGCUCCCGACGGAAAGGGGAAAUGUUGGUUAUAAUAGACCUGCCUCGUCUUCUCAACCGGGUGUUGGGGCUACUUUCCCGGCCCAUUCUCUAGUCUUUGUUUCUACCGAUAUUCUUGUGGUGGGUCAAGCAGGAAUAAGUACUACUCCUAUAAGGAGAAAACGAAGUGUGCGCGUGGUGCUGUCGUCGAAUGAAGAGACCGAAUAUUUUGAUGUGAGCCUCCGUCCUCAUAAGAGGCGAAACACAAUGUCCAUACCCAAGUUUCUUGGCGGUAUUGGGGAUGUUCUUGGCGAUGGGUUUUCUGUACUCGGGCGGAAAGAGAUAGUAGUGGUGCUUAGUUCUUCAAAGACAUCGCCUUCUUCGUUUAUUGACUCGCUCAUGGCUUAUCUCGGUGCCUGUUCUGUCCUUAGAGGUGCAUUGGGCGUGUCAGGAGGCUCUCCUCCAUCAGACAUACCUUACAUGGUUGAAAAAAUGAGGACUGCGUCCCAUCCCUUGGUUUCCGAAGCCUACGUUCCAGGCUGGGCAGUUACUAAAUACUCAUUAUUUUGA